AUUGGAUUGUAAGUGGAAAAGAGCUAAGUAAAAUAUGAUGGCGUAUUGUAAUACUUUUUUCUUAAACGUUUAAUCCUUAUAGAAUAAUUAUACUGUUUCGUGAUCUUACUCCUAUAACCUCACUCAUCCACGUGUUUACAUGUUUUCAAUUCAAAAAUAAAAAGGUAGGUUUUCCAUUUGUUGUAAUAUUAUGGCUAAGUUGAAUGCAAAAAUGAACGGACAGCCUAAAAAGAAGGUUUUAGUCACGAAGAAACUUAAAGUUCCGCUGAAAGCAAAGGCUUUAAAACUUAAAAUAAAUAGUAAAAAGAAAAAAGAUAAAAUGGUAAUUCCAGUCAAACUUGGCAAUGGAACAAAUGAUGAAGAUUACGAUUCAGAAGAAUUAUCUGAAAGUGAGCUGAUGAAAGACAGUGAAAGUGAAGAAGAAAUUAAUGGACAACAGCAAAAUGAGUCCAAUGAAAAUAGUGAUGAUGAAGCAAAUGAAAGUUCAAAUGAAGAUAUAGUGGAAAAGCACAAAAAAGACCUGGAGAAAUUGAAGGAAACUGAUCCAGAAUUUUACGAGUUUCUUAAAGAAAAUGACAAAAAGUUAUUGCAGUUCAAUUUGUCUGAUGAAGAGCCAGACAGUGAAGCGGAAGAACCAGAAGCUGUUCCUGAGCAAGUUCACAAACCAAGUGAAAACCUUGAAGUAGCUAGUGAUGAGAGUGAUUAUGAAGAUGGUGAUAAACCAAAAAAUGAAAGGGCAAUUACACUAAAAAUGUUAAAACAGUGGCAAUCAGAGUUGAGAACAGACAAAAGUAACAAAACCAUUAUAAUUGCCACUCAAGCAUUUCAUGCUGCUUUAACAACUGUAUCUUCAGAAGACGAAGAACCCUCAUAUUUUAAAGUUGAAGGUUCUGCUGUUUUUAAUGGAGUUAUUCAAUUAUGUGUAUUGGAACUGGGUCCUGCAAUCAGGAAAUUUUUGGGCCUCAAGAAAGGCUCAAAACAACCACCACAUAAAUGCAAGAGGUUUGUGAAAAUCAAGAAUUCAUUGAAAAGUUAUUUUGCUGAUAUUCUAAAGCUGCUACUGGGAGUAACUUCAACUAACAUCCAGACAGUUCUUCUGAAGCACUUGCAUUAUAUGUCCAACUUGCUAGUGUCCUUCCCCAAUAUCACAAAAUCUCUUGUGAAAAGACUAAUAGGACUUUGGGGCACUAGUGAUGACACAGUCAGAGUCCUUGCAUUUUUCUGCAUUCUCAGGAUAACCAGUCAACAGAUGGCCAUAUUGGACACAGUGUUAAAGUCCAUGUACAUGACGUACGUGAAAAACACAAAAUUCGUGAGUUUCAAAGGUCUUCCGCUGAUAAACUUCAUGAGAAGAUCCUUGGUAGAAAUGUACUCCUUGGACACGAAUGUUUCCUACUCUCACGUUUUCUUGUACAUACGACAACUGGCUAUCCACAUACGAAACGCAAUCACUGCAAACAAGAAAGAAAAUAUCCAAGCUGUGUACAACUGGCAAUUUAUAAACUCAUUGAGGAUAUGGAGCAACCUUCUAAGUGCCACUUACAAUAAGCCAGUGAUGCAACAGUUGGUUUAUCCUUUUGUACAAGUUUGUAUUGGUACCUUAAGGUUGGUGCCAACAGCUCAGUACUAUCCUUUGAGGUUCCAUGUGGUUCAAGUUUUGAUGGAUUUAUCAAAAGAAACUGGAGUUUUUAUGCCUGUUUUGCCGUUUUUGCUUGAGGUUUUGACGUCAUACGAUUUCAACAAAAAGCACCAGAAAGUCUCGAUGAAACCGAUGCAUUUCACAUGUUUACUGAGGGUCUCAAAAUCACAGUUACAAGAGAAUGGAUUUAAAGAUAUGGUGAUCGAGACAAUUUAUGGACAAAUUUUGGAAUAUAUGGCCAGUCAAUCACACAAAAUAUCUUUUCCUGAUAUCUGUUUGAUAUGUGUUGUACAGAUAAAAAAAUUCAUGAAGCAGUGCAAAAACCCAAACUAUACCAGAAAAUUCAAACAACUUCUAGACAAAGUGCAGCAAAACAACCAAUUCAUAGAAAAAGAACGAUCUUCCUUAACAGUAAAACUGACAGACGUCAAACAAAUCGAAGGCUGGGAAAGCCAAAUGUUAAACAAAGGAACACCGCUAAGGACUUACUAUGACAGUUGGAACAAACUCAGGACGAUAAAGAAGAAUAAACAGUUGACAAACAAUGAAGAACUGGCGAACUACAAUUUACCAACGAUCAAAAAGACGAGGAAAACAAUUGAUACAAGCAAAAAGUGCGAAGGGCCCGUUGAGUUGUUCCCAAGUGAUUCCGAGGAUGAAGAUGAAGAGACGUCACAAAAAAGGAGAAGAGGGAAACGCGGAGGAAAGAAUAUUAAGAAGAAAUAUAAGGGAAAUGAAGAUGGGCCAAUUGAAGAUGGCGGAGAGGAAGAUAUUGUUGAGGAUAUACAGUUGGAAGAUUGGGAGUGAUAUGUGCAUUGUUGUUAAGUGUCCUUUUUGUAAAUAAAGCGUUUUAAUAUUC